UUAUUAAUUUUUGCUCUCAUUUCUAAUCGGCAAUCGACGGAAUCUCCAAUUCCUUGCCGCCGAUUCUCCGUCUUCUUAAAAUCCUAUUAAAUUCUACUGAAAGCCUCUAAAUUCAGUAAAAAUUUACCAUUUUGCACACUCCACUUUGCUGUAAAUUUACAUUAAAAUAAGUUCAUAGUGUUCUGUGAGUGGGCUUUUCAAUACUACACUGAGUUUCACAAUUAGCUCAACACAGUCUUGAUUUGCUCGAGCUCACUGGGACACCUGGCGAUCUGGGUCUUUUGCUUCACUUCAGUUUCUGCUCGAAUCUCAGUAAAUGAGAGAAUGUACUCAAGAAUCAGAUUUAUUUCACGAUUAGGAAUGCUGGCUUGGUCAUAGCUUUUGUUUAAAAAAUUCGGUUUUGAAGUGGUUUAAAUUUCUAAAUGGAAGCUAACGUUGAGGAGGCCCUUAGAGCAAAAGAAAUUGCAGAGAAGCGAUUUGCAGAGAAAGAUUUUGCAGGGGCAAAGAAUUAUGCAUUAAAAGCUAAGACACUCUGUCCAGGUCUAGAGGGCAUAGCUCAAAUGGUGGCCACAUUUGAAGUUUAUUUUGCCUCUGAGAUUAAGUGUAAUGGGGAAAUCGAUUAUUAUUCAGUCCUUGGAUUGAAGCCUUCUGCUAAUAAAGAUGCGGUGAAGAAACAGUACAGGAAGAUGGCUGUAUUGCUCCACCCUGAUAAAAACAAAUGCGUGGGAGCUGAUGGAGCUUUCAAGCUUGUUUCUGAAGCAUGGACUCUCUUGUCUGACCAUGGUAAGAGAAGCUCUUAUGAUCUCAAGAGAAAUAAAAAGAUGGCAUCUGGAGUUGUUCAGACAAAUUUAUCACCGGCAUAUACUACUGGAGUUACAGGACAUAGCAAUUGCUCCAAUUCAUCUUCUCAUACUAGGCUUGAUACUUUCUGGACUGUUUGCACAUCUUGUAAAGUUCAGUAUGAGUAUCUCCGAAAGUAUGUGAAUAAGAGACUUUCCUGCAAGAACUGCCGUGGUACUUUCGUUGCUGUGGAAACUGGGACAGCACCAGUGAAUGGUUCUUUCCCUUAUUGCCCUUGGUCAUAUGUGUCUUCUAAUGGGUAUGGAAGUCAUGGAUAUGAUGGGGUUACAUAUGUCCCAACCAAUGCUACAAUUAUUACUGGGAAUGGAAUUGCUGGAUUUCAUUCUGGACAUGGCUUUGAGUAUGUUUCAAAUGUUUCAUUUCAGUGGAGCUCACUUUCUGGAACUUCUACCAGCAUUGUCACUCCCAAUGGAUCAUCUGCUAUAUCCAGUGAUGCUGGCUAUCAGAUGAAUGGAAAUGUUAAUGGUGCUGGAUCUAAGGUUAAAUCUGGCUCUAAUGGAAAACAUUCUAUAUCUGGUUCUGUUGAACCUUCAGGGUCAAAGGCUGGUAGACAGGAUAAGAGAAGGAAGGUGGUUGUGGCAUCUAGUUUUAAAAAUGGGUCUGAACCUGCUUCUGAAGCCAACUUAGCAAAUGGUAAUGCAAGUAAUGAGCAGGAUCCCAAGCUUGUCCGCCCAACUGAACCACCUAAUAAACGCUGCUCAAUGGCACCUGCAUUUGAUGCUAGAAAGUUGUUGAUUGACAAAGCAAGGACAGAAAUUCGGAAGCAAUUGGAGCUUAUGAGAUUGGCUACAAAAGCUGUGGCUGCAGUAAAAGAAAACUCAAAAUCACUGGCUGAUGCUGGGCAAUCUGGGGAGGCAUCUAAAAGUGCAGAUUUGUUUGUUUCUGGUAAUAAAACUGAGUCAGAUAGAAGUGGAUCAGUUGCAAUAACAGUCCCUGACCCUGAUUUCCAUGAUUUUGACAAAGACAGAUCAGAAGAAUGCUUCAAGCCAAAACAGAUAUGGGCCAUAUAUGAUGAAGACGACGGCAUGCCACGCUUGUAUUGUCUGAUUCGACAGGUUAUCUCAACUAAGCCUUUUAAGAUUCUCAUCACCUACUUGAACUCCAAAACUGAUAGCGAAUUUGGUUCUGUGAAUUGGGUGGAAUUUGGAUUUACCAAAUCUUGUGGACACUUCAGGGCUUGGAAUUCUGAUGUUGUUGAUCAAGUCAACAUUUUCUCUCAUCUUCUGAAAGGACAAAAGGCUGGCAGGGGAGGUUGUGUUCGGAUAUUUCCCAAAAGUGGGGAGAUAUGGGCUGUUUAUCGGAACUGGUCACGAGAUUGGGAUAGAUCAACACCAGAUAAUGUGAGGCACCAGUAUGAGAUGGUGGAGGUUCUUGAUGAUUACUCUGAGGAGCUUGGAGUUUGUAUUGCUCCCCUCAUCAAGCUGACAGGGUUCAAGACAGUUUAUCAAAGGAAUUCUGAUAAGCAUGCUAUUAAAUGGAUUCCUAGGAGAGAAAUGUUACGGUUUUCACACCAGGUGCCAUCUUGGCUACUUCAAGGAGAAACAAUUAAUUUGUCAGGUAAAUGUUGGGAUUUGGACCCAGCUGCAACUCCAGACGAGCUGCUUCAUGCUGCAGCAGAGUCGAAGGCUUGACAUAAACCUAGUCUGGCAGAAAAGCUCGAUUAGUUUGAAGUUCGUUUUAUGAUUCUUAUAAAAAAGAAAUAUAUAGGUAGACUGUGCAAAUAUUUCACACUUGGUUAUAGGCCGAUUGAACAUUAACUCCAGAUGAGUUUAGAGGUGCAAUGUACACCCGAGGAACUUUUUUUCUAGCUUUCUGAAUUAUUGACUGCUUGUUUACCGAAAUACUCUUUGGCCCACUGGGUACUGUAACAUCUACCUAGGGGUCAGCACAGACUGUAAACCUCUCAAUGUAAUUUGUGUUUUCUGGGCAGGAUUCUAUGUUAGAAAAUUCCGACAUAUCUUGCACUAACACCAUGAGAUGUUUUAAUGUUAAUUGAUAUGAUAUUUAAGAUACAAUUAAGAAGUGAUAGUUAGUAUCACUU